AUGUCUGUUCUCCCUGCCGAGGUGCAGGGAGCCUUGACCCAACUCCUGCAAGCCCUCUCGUCUCCCGACAAUACUCUCCGCAGUCAAGCGGAAGAACAACUGAACAAUGACUGGACCCCCAACCGCCCCGAGGUGCUGUUGAUGGGCUUGGCCGAACAACUCCAAGCCGCGCCAGACUCGUCGACACGCUCGUUCGCUGCUGUGCUAUUUCGCAAACAAGCCUCAAAACAACGCAAAGUCCCUCCCAGCAAUGACUCCAAGGAACUCUUUUGGUCCCUCAGCACCGAAGCCAAGUCGGCCAUCCGAUCAAAAUUGCUGGAAGGUCUCGCCACAGAACAGAUCAACCAAGUCAGGAAUAAAAUCGGAGAUGCCAUCGCCGAGAUCGCGCGGCAAUACGUGGAUGCUGGCACAAACGAGACCUGGGUGGAUCUGCUGCAUGUAUUGUUCCAAGCGAGCCAGUCAACGGACGCCGGCAUGCGUGAAUGUUCGUUCCGAAUAUUCUCCACGACGCCGGGCAUCAUCGAGAGAGAACAUGAAGGCGCCGUGCAAGAGGUGUUCCUCAAGGGUUUCAAGGACAGCAGUGUCGAGGUCCGAUUAUCCGCCAUUGAAGCAUUUGCCUCAUUCUUCCAUUCGGUCACCAAAAAGACACAGCCGAAGUACUAUCCUCUGGUGCCCGAGAUCCUCAAUGUUCUACCACCUCUCAAAGAAGCUGGAGACUCCGAAAAUCUAUCAAAGGCAUUUGUCUCGCUUAUUGAUCUUGCCGAAAUAUGCCCGAAAAUGUUCAAAGGUCUCUUCAACAAUCUCGUCAAGUUUAGCAUCUCAGUCAUCCAGGAGAAAGAACUGGGGGAUCAGACACGACAGAAUGCGUUGGAGUUGAUGGCCACCUUUGCCGAAUGGGCGCCGGCCAUGUGUAAGAAAGAUCCCUCUUAUGUAAACGACAUGGUUACGCAGUGUCUGAGCUUGAUGACGGACCUUGGGACCGACGACGACGACGCCUCGGAGUGGAACGCGACCGAGGACCUUGAUAGUGAUGAGAACGACUUGAAUCAUGUCGCGGGCGAACAGUGUAUGGACCGCUUGGCGAACAAGCUGGGAGGACAAGUCAUGCUUCCAGCAACGUUCACGUGGCUACCGAGAAUGAUGCAUUCUGCCUCCUGGAGAGAUCGGCACGCCGCUCUGAUGGCCAUCUCCGCCAUUUCCGAGGGAUGUCGAGACCUCAUGAUCGGCGAACUCGACAAGGUCCUCGAACUGGUUGUGCCGUCCUUGAGAGAUCCUCACCCACGCGUCCGAUUCGCCGGAUGCAACGCCCUUGGCCAGAUGAGCACCGAUUUCGCGGGGCCCAUGCAGGAGAAGUACCACCAAGUGGUGCUGACAAACAUCAUCCCCGUCCUCGAAGCACCCGAGCCGCGAGUACAAGCACAUGCGGCAGCUGCACUGGUCAACUUCUGCGAAGAGGCGGAAAAGUCGAUCUUGGAACCGUACCUGGAUCAAUUACUUGGACAUCUCCUGCAGCUCCUUCAAUCUCCCAAACGAUACGUCCAGGAACAGGCACUGUCAACGAUCGCCACCAUCGCCGAUUCGGCCGAGGGUGCCUUCAUCCGCUACUAUGACACGUUGAUGCCUCUUCUCACCAACGUCCUGCAAGCCGAACAAUCCAAAGAGUAUCGAUUACUUCGUGCCAAAGCCAUGGAGUGCGCGACGCUGAUCGCCUUGGCCGUGGGCAAGGAGAAAAUGGGCCAAGAUGGCAUCAGACUCGUUCAAACUCUCGGCAACAUCCAGCAAAACAUCACGGAUGAUGAUGACCCACAAUCGCAGUAUCUCCUGCAUUGCUGGGGACGCAUGUGCAGGGUCCUCGGCUCUGAUUUCGUCCCAUAUCUUCCCGGUGUUAUGCCGCCCUUGUUGGAGCUUGCGGCGGCCAAAGCAGAUAUUCAACUAAUAGACAGCGAAGAUGAAGUGCUGGAAGAGGAAGGUUGGGAGCUGGUGCCCUUGAAGGGGAAAGUGAUUGGCAUUAAGACUUCGACGCUCGAGGAUAAGCAUACGGCGAUCGAACUCAUUACGAUCUAUGCCCAAAUCUUGGAAGCAGAUUUCGAGCCUUUCGUGGCCGACAUCACGGAGCGAAUCGCUCUGCCUGGUCUGUCAUUCUUCUUCCACGAUCCCGUGCGGGUUGCUUCUGCCAAAUUAAUCCCCCAGUUACUCAACUCGAUCAAGAAGCGAUACGGUGACCAGUCGCCGCAACUCAACGAAAUGUGGACGAAAUGCUCCGAAAAAGAAAUUGAAAUCCUGAGUGCCGAACCUUCUAUCGACACAUUGGCCGAAAUGUACCAAUGCUUUUAUGAGAGCGUCGAAGUGGUAGGCAAGGGGUGCCUGACACCACAACACAUGGAACAAUUUGUGCGGUCGGUCAAGUCGACGCUGGAAGAGUUCCAGAAGCGCGUCCAAGAGCGUGCUGAAGAGAAGGCCGAGACGGCCGCGGCCAACCAAGGCCCGGAUGCCGAUGAGGAAGAUUCCUUGUCGGUACAAUAUGCCAUCGAAGACGACCAGACCCUUCUCUCGGACAUGAACAAAGCCUUUCACACGAUAUUCAAGAACAUGGGCGUUGCGUUCCUCCCCGCGUGGCAGCAGCUCAUGCCCUUUUAUGAUGCGUUCGUCAAUAGUUCGGACCCCAUGCAGCGACAGUGGGCGAUCUGCGUCUUUGACGACGUCUUGGAAUUCUGUGGGCCACAGUCCUGGCAGUAUUCCGAUCACCUUAUGCAGCCGCUAAUCAAUGGCAUGAGGGACGAAAAUGCGAACAAUCGACAAGCAUCCGCGUAUGGUGUGGGCAUUGCAGGACAAAAGGGAGGAGAGCAGUGGAGUGACUUUGUCGCUGCGAGCAUUGACAUCCUUUUCCAGAUCACGCGGGUCCCUAACGCCAGGAGCGACGACGAUGUCUUUGCCACCGAGAACGCGUGUGCUGCGAUCGCUAAGAUUUUACACUACAACGCCAGCAAGGUGGUCAAUCCCCAAUCGGUCGUGGAGCAGUGGCUCGACACGUUGCCCGUGGUCAACGACGAAGAGGCUGCGCCGUAUGCGUACAGUUUUGUUGCACAAUUGAUUGAUCAACAAAAUCCGGCCGUGUUUGCCAAAGCGGCCCAAGUUUUCCAUCACAUCGCGCUUGCUCUGGAAGCGGAGAUGAUCCAAGGUGCCACCGCUAAGAAAAUCGUUGAGAGCGCGAAGGUGCUAGUCGGCAAGACGGGGAUCAAUGCUGACCAGAUCCUGCAAGGCCUCAGCGAGGACGGGCAGAGGACCGUGAGGAGUUAUUUUGCAUAA